AUGAGCAGCAAGAAAGAUAAGAAAAAGUCAUCGUCGUCGUCCAAACAUAAGAGGACAUCUUCCAAUAGUUCUCAGGCAUCAGAUAUUGAAGCCUCGGAUCAAAGCGAUAAUGAGACAUUGCAAAAGAAAUUCAAGAUGGACAUCAACAACGAACAGGCAUUGGUCACGAUGAAGUGUUCACACAAGUCCCGCAAGGGAAAGCUGCGCAUGACCGAGCAACACCUGUUCUUCCUGGCCAACGUCCAGCUGGGCCUCACCAAAAAGAAGACGAUCGCCUUCAGUCAGCUGCUGGACAUGGAGUUUGAUCGCAAUGGUGUAAAGUUCACAUUGCGCGAGGGCAAGUCGCAGACGUUUGUAUUUGCCGACAAUGAGGUGGCAGCCAAUCUGAUCGAAGGCCAGUGGCGCCAGAGCGGCUACAGUCGUGGUGCCGUGCGAGUGGACCUGCUGACCAACAGUCUCGAGGACAAUGUGGCGCCUGGCGGCUCGCGCAGUCGCAGCAACAGCACAAGUAGCGUGGGCAGCAAUCGCUCCAGUGGCAACUUUGACAAGGAAUCGCGCCAGCUUAACCAGUCACUCACACUGGAGGGUCGCAUCAGUGAUACCUAUGGCAAUGAUACGGAGCGUGUCACUCAAUCACUUCGUCGCCACUUUGAUAAUGUGCCACGCGAGGAGACUGUCGUGCGCGAAUAUCAAUGCGGUCUCAAAGGCGCACUAAUGACCAGUCAUGGCAAGCUAUACAUCACUCAAAGAUACCUAUACUUCUUUGGAGGAUUUGGUGCCACUCAACAAAAGUUCCACUUCAGACUACUUGAGAUCAUGGAUAUUUGCAUCCCAGAGAAGAGCAAGAAGUCAAUACUUCUCUCAAAUAGAACCGAUACAUACAUCUUUACUGGAUUUAAGGAUAAACGACAGAAUGUGAUCAAAGCAUUGAAUGAUUAUAUGUAUGACGCCAAGAUGGUUGCUGAAAACAUGGUGAUCACACUGGAAUCAUCACAAUCAAAGUCAACUGGACAGUCAAAGGCACUUAACAAUGUCGAGUUCAUCAACAAGUCACAAGAGACAAUACAAGAGUUGAUCAACAGUACAUUGAAUCCACUGGCAGCCUCAAACUCAUCGGCAUCCUCCCAGACCUCAACAUCAUCCACACAGCAACAACCACAACAACAACAUCCUCUAUCCGCGUCACAAUCAUCAUCAUUGAGCAACUCCCAGACGAAUCCUGCUCAAACAUCAUCAUCAUCACUUUCAAACUCACAGACUACCAACUCCCCCGUCACAUCCACGGCGGCGGCAACCCAAUCCUCCACAUCAACAACACAGACUACGACCGCGCCACCAAGUGAGCCGGCAGCGGAAACAGGAACAAAGCCAGCCAAGGCCAGUAAUUGGAUACGUUACAAGUCCAAGUCACCAAAGGAUGGCGCAACACCAACAACAAAGACACAACAACAAUGGACACCUGGAACAACGUCACCCAAGUCGGGCAGCGUAUCAGGAUCAGAGGUGUCUUCGCCCAGGGCGUCGACUUCCACGGCACCCCAACAGCCCACAAGCACUUACAACUCGCCACCAGUGACUACACCAGCAAUCAUGUCGGCCAAGGCCAACGAGGUCAAGAUGCAAUCACUAGAUGUGGCACCCAAUCCCUCCACUCCCCUCUUUAUCAAGCAGCAAAGGAAGCGAAGAUGUUUCUGCUUCUAA